UGAACGGAUGUCUCCACGUGAGUGUAUCAACAGCAUGAUGCCUAGCAUAUAAAAUCAGCCCUUGACUUGUUGGAAUUGCAUAAAGAUUAAACAACCACUCGUUCCGAUAACUGAAGUAAAACAAUGGCAACAGUCCGCAAGAAGAUAGACAACCGGAUUCGAGUCCAGAUUGAGAAUGGAGUCGCUCUAAAGCACCGGACGAUAUAUGUGGUGGUGGGAGAUCGUGGGAGAGAUCAGGUUGUCAUUCUGCAUCACAUGCUGUCUAAAGCUAGUGUGAAAGCACGGCCCUCUGUACUCUGGUGCUACAAAAAAGAGCUGGGCUUCAGCAGCAAUCGGAAGAAGCGCAUGAGACACCUGCAGAAGAAAAUAAAUACUGGCACGUUGAACCUGAAUCAGGAUGACCCGUUUGAACUCUUCAUCGCUGCAACCAACAUCCGCUACUGUUACUACAACGAGACCCACAAGAUCCUGGGAAACACAUACGGGAUGUGCGUCCUGCAGGACUUUGAAGCUCUCACUCCCAACCUGUUGGCGAGAACGGUUGAGACCGUAGAAGGAGGAGGUAUAGUGGUGAUUCUGCUGAGGACCGUGAACUCUCUCAAGCAGCUCUACACGAUGACUAUGGACGUGCACUCUCGGUACCGGACCGAGGCUCAUCAGGAUGUGGUGGGACGCUUCAAUGAGAGAUUCAUUCUGUCACUUGCAUCCUGCAAGAACUGUGUUGUCAUUGACGACCAACUCAACAUCCUGCCAAUCUCCAGCCACAUGGCGAACAUCAAGCCCAUUCCUCCAAAGACUCAGGAGGACGGUCUGACUCCACGAGAACAGGAGCUGAAGGACCUAAAGGAAUCUCUGCAUGACACUCAGCCUGUGGGUGUGUUGGUGGACUGCUGCAAGACCAUGGACCAGGCUAAAGGAGUGCUGAAGUUCAUCGAGGCGAUCUCAGAGAAGACCCUGCGGACCACCGUGACUAUGACGGCUGCCCGUGGUCGAGGCAAGUCUGCAGCUCUGGGGCUGGCUGUCGCUGGAGCUGUUGCAUUUGGCUAUUCCAAUAUCUUUGUGACCUCCCCGAGCCCGGACAACCUGCACACCAUGUUUGAAUUCAUCUUCAAAGGCUUUGAUUCUCUGCAGUAUCAGGAGCAUCUUGACUAUGAGAUCAUCCAGUCUUUAAAUCCAGACUUCAACAAAGCUGUGGUGAGAGUGAACAUCUUCAAAGAGCACCGGCAGACAAUCCAGUACAUCCACCCAGGAGACGCAGUGAAGCUGGGUCAGGCUGAGCUGCUGGUGAUAGACGAGGCCGCCGCCAUCCCUCUGCCUCUGGUGAAGAAACUGCUGGGGCCUUACCUGGUGUUCAUGGCCUCCACCAUCAACGGAUAUGAAGGCACCGGGCGCUCUCUUUCCCUCAAACUGAUCCAGCAGCUGCGGCAACAGAGUGCCGACAGUCAGCAGAACAUGUCUGCAGAGAACAGGAGCUCCAACACAGAGAGGCUGGCAGCAGCUCGCUCUCUCCACGAGGUCACUCUUCACGAGUCGAUCCGGUACGCCCCUGGAGACGCUGUGGAGAAGUGGCUGAACGACCUGCUGUGUCUCGACUGUAUGAACAUACCCAGACUCAUCUCCGGCUGCCCCCUCCCACAGACCUGUGACCUGUACUAUGUGAACAGAGACACCCUGUUCUGUUACCACAAGGCGUCUGAGGCCUUCCUGCAGAGGCUGAUGGCCCUCUACGUGGCCUCGCACUACAAGAAUUCCCCCAACGACCUGCAGAUGUUGUCCGAUGCUCCGGCCCAUCACCUCUUCUGCCUCCUCCCUCCUGUCCCCCCCACACAGAACGCUCUGCCCGAGGUCCUCGCUGUGGUGCAGGUGUGUCUGGAGGGAGAAAUAUCUCGGCAGUCCAUCUUGAACAGUCUGUCCAGAGGAAAGAAGGCCUCUGGGGACCUGAUUCCCUGGACGGUGUCAGAGCAGUUCCAAGACCCAGAGUUUGGCGGCCUCUCCGGAGGCAGAGUGGUGCGGAUCGCUGUCAACCCAGACUACCAGGGGAUGGGCUACGGCUCCAGAGCUCUCCAACUGCUGCAGAUGUACUACGAGGGCAAGUUCCCCACCAUGGAUGAGAGCACAAGCUCAAAUCCAAAUGAGAUCACAUCCGUCAGCAGCGAGGCUGUCAGUCUGCUGGAGGAGGUGAUCACUCCUCGGAAAGAGCUCCCCCCUCUGCUGCUGAAGCUGAGUGAGAGGAGAGCGGAGAGACUGGACUAUCUGGGAGUCUCCUAUGGCCUUACUACAAGGCUGCUCAAGUUCUGGAGGAAAGCUGGUUAUACUCCGGUCUACUUAAGACAAACCCCUAACGACCUGACAGGAGAGCACUCCUGCGUGAUGCUGAAGGAGCUGAACACAGAUGACUCCCCGGAGCAGAGCCAGUGGCUCUCUGCCUUCUGGAAAGAUUUCCGCCGGCGCUUCCUGUCUCUCCUCUCCUACCAGUUCAGCAGCUUCCAUCCCAGCAUGUCACUCAGCAUCCUGCAGAACAAGAAGUCCAAGGACGAGACCACCGUUCUCAGCAGAUCCGAGCUGGCCUCCAAUUUCAGCCCCUACGACCUCAAGCGCCUGGAGCUGUAUUCGAGGAGCAUGGUGGACUACCACCUCAUCAUGGACCUGGUCCCAACAGUGGCUCGCAUGUUCUUCCUCAAGCAGCUCGGGGACGUGUCUCUCUCCGCAGCACAGUGUGCUCUACUGCUCGGCAUAGGUUUACAGCACAAAUCAGUAGACCAGCUGGAAAAGGAAAUUGAACUCCCAAGCUCGCAGCUCAUGGGCCUCUUCAACCGCCUGAUCCGGAAAUUUGUCCAAGUCUUCACCAGCAUCCAAGAAAAAGCCAUUGAGGCAGAGAUGGCGACUUCUAUAGACGUUUCCAUGGAGCCCACUGUCAGAAGCCUCAAUGAUGAUCUGAACGAAGCGGCUAAGGAGUUUGAUGAGAAACACAAGCAGGAUGUGGAGAAAGUCAAGGAAAUGGACAUGGAAGAGUACACGAUCCGUGGAGAUAAUGAGGAAUGGGACCAGGUGCUGAAGAAAGCAGGGACCACAGCGGUCGUCAGCAUCAAAAGUGAAAAGAAGAGGAAGUACGAAGGGGAAAACACAAAAGCAAGCAAUGGGGCUCCAGAGCAUGGAAAACUGAAAAAGAAAGAGACACAACACGGAAAAUUCAAGAAGAACAAGGACAAGCAGGGCAAAUUUGGAAAGAGGGCGUGACCGUAAAGUGCUGUGUUGACAGGAAAGUGUGGGAACCAAGCGGUAUCAACAUGAUGAUGAUGAUACUGAAGAGCACCUAAAAGACUGGAUAUCCUCUGAGAUAUCAUUUCUUAUGCUUAUGAUUUUUUUAUUUCUACAGUACGUCAUAACAAGUUUGUUGCUUUGUUUUAUGGUGUGUGUGUGCAACAUUGCAGAGACCCUGUAUAUCGGCAGCAAAUAACACACUUACACACGUUGUACUAAAUAGGAAGGAUUUACUUUCAGUUAUUUUAAACAUUUUCACAGUAUGUUUAGAGUUUCCCUUUUAGUUGAAGACAUGAUUUCUACAUUGUAAAAUGUUAAUGAAUACGUUCUAUAACAUGAUUUCUGAGGUAUAUUAAAGGCUGUCAGUUUCCCUGUAAUGGAUCACUUGAACACAUGAGGCUUUAAAUCAAUCCACUUCUGUUUGAGCUGCUGUUUCACGGUGUCCGGGGCAAAGAUACAGUCUAUGGCAUCAUGGGAAAGUUUCCACACAGCUUCACGACUGAGAUCAAACGUGGAAGCUGCCAGCUGAUAUUCCUGAGACAAGUCCGUACUGAAGACUCCUUUAUCAUCCGUCUGUAAUGUGACAAAGAAUAAAAUCAUUCAUGGUCAA